AUGAUGCGACGAGGAGCCCCCAAGUGGUUCACGCAGGGCAAAGGGCGUGAACGGUUUCACCGGUACUGGCCGUGGGCUGUCAGCUCCAUCUGCACCAGCCUUUACCUCUACAACGGUGAACCUUUUGAGGACGCCGCUAGUGCCAUCGUGACGACGAUUCGGCGGCCACUUCUCAAGACGAUGGAGUGGGUAGAGCUGCACGACGUGGAUCCAGAGACGAUGUCACUGGAGCUGCCACCAGACAUGCUCUUUGGCCCACUGGAGUUCCCGAAGCAGAUGCGAUUCCUUCUAGCAGCGCUCAGGGCCGACAACGAGCUGGCCGACGGCUACCUGGCUCGGAUAAUCAUUGACCACAUGGAUUUGUCCUUGGACCCACCGAUUCUGUCGGAGGAUGACUUCCUCGCAGCAGGCGGAAAAGCACUUCUCGACUUUAGUGUGGAAGACUUCACCGGCACGGAAAGCCGCACCCAACGCAAGCACAUCUUCUUUCAAUCAGAUCAGUUCCUUCAAUUUAUUAACAUAAUCGCUGCCUACCCGUCACUGACGGAGUACUUUGUGAACGAGAAGGAUGGCGUGGAACUGGUUCUUCAGGCGUAUCGACACAGCAAGAAUCCCUACGCCCGCGUGAUGGCGAUGCGGUCUCUGACCUUGUUCUCGUUCACGCAAGCCGUCGACGGCACGGUGGAGCGGCGCAUCUUGCAAAGUAACGGGAUGAAGACUAUCGUGGAAGCGUACCGGCAGAGCAGCGGUGACCCGACAGACACGCGCUUCCCCACCUUGCUCCUCUCCUCCAUUAUGCGCCACUAUCCUAAGGAGGGUGGUAAGGAGUUCAUCGAUGCUGACGGCGUCGAGGCGGUCGUGAACAAUCUCACUAUUGCCCGUUACAAGGGCAUUCCGCAGCACAUCCGCGUGCUGCACGACGCCCAGCGCCUCCCCAAACAGUCGGUUGGCAAGAAGUCGGUGACGGCGCGACUGGAGGACGCAGAUUUUUUGGGUGUUGCGAUGGGUGUGUUGGAUACCUUUCCUGAGUUCUACGAGGCGACGGGCGAGCUUCUAAGGCUGGUGACGGAUGUGGUUCCGGCGCACGCGGAUCCGCUAGACCUGCUCGAGUACCGGGCCAUGCCGAUCCUCUCAAAGUACUUCGUGAAGUGGCGUGAGGACCAGAGCUUUCAGACGGACGGCACUCGAACGCUGGUGGCGAAGCUCUUCGAGCUGAUGCUCAACGAUAAGACGUGCCAGCGGUGCUACGAUCCCUCUGUGGCGUCAUAUGAGCUGCUCGAAUGCCUCAAGACAGCCAAAUUGGCCGUGAAGGAUGAGCGAGAGAAGCGAGGGACACGGUGUUCAGACCAGCCGCAGCAGCCAGCAAGCGCCACUGUGUAA